AUGGACCGCGGGAGCCGAGAAGCCAACUGGACAUCCGCUCAGCAGCAUCUGUGGCUGGGACUGGCGACUAAUGCGUCGGGCGGUUAUUCGACUACCCGAGCGGACAGCCUGGCGAGCGUGAGUCCGGUUACGGUGACGGGAGACGCGGCGAUGGGAGCACCGGAGUUCGCCGCGUCCGUGAGAGCCUACCGGGACUUCACCACCGCCGUACAGGUCCUGAUUCUGCUGGGGUCUCUACUCGGAAACGCCGCCGUCCUGUGGUGCACCUGCUCCACCAACGUGUUCCGGUCGGUGACAAAGCGCUUUGUGCAGAGUCUGGCCAGUGCGGGGGUGGGGGCCUCCCUGGUCUGCGUGCCCUUUGACCUGGCCCUGGGUUCGAGUCCCCUCUGCUGCUGGUGGAUCCACACCAUCGUGGUCUGCAAGUCUUUCAAGUUCCUCCACAGGCUCUUCUGCUCCGUCACUGUGCUCUGCUUCAGCGCCAUCGCCCUGGACAGAUACUACUCAGUGCUGUUCCCUCUGGAGAGAAAGAUCUCGGACUCUCGCUCUCGGGACCUGGUCAUCUACAUCUGGGUCCACGCCACGGUCGUUAGCCUUCCCGCCUUAGCCCUCACCAACGUCACCGAUGUCUACGCCAGCUCCUCCUGCUCGGACGACCCCUCCCACUCCACGGCUCACCUGGUCUACGUCCUGCUCUACUCCCUCACCACGCUGGUCCUGCCUCUCGCCCUGGUCCUUCUCUUCAUGCUCCUCAUCCGCCGAGCUCUGAGCGCGAGCCAGAAGAAGAAAGUCAUCAUCGCGGCGCUCAGGACUCCACAGAGCAGCAUCUCUAUCCCGUCGGCGCGACACAGCUGGUGGGACUUACUCACCAGGAUCCACCGCAGAUACAGCCGCCGGAACGUGGUGACGACCGGAAUGCUGGGAUCGUUAGGCGGAGAAGGCGGGAUCAUAGGAGAACCGGCUGGACUAGAAGCAGCUGGGAGAUCCGGGAGCCAGCUCUUGGAAAUGUUCAAUAUAGGACAACAGCAGAUCUUCAGACCAGACGAUGAAGAGGAGGAUGUAGAGCACGGAUUGGAAGCUUCGUCUGUGGCUAAAGACAAAACCAGGAGCGAGAGGAGCUCAGAGGAUUUACCCACAAAGGACCAAGCACUUGUGAAAACCAAGAAUCAUCCCGGGCCUCUCUCCGCUCUGCCGGUUUGUUCCUCUCCUGGACACAUCUGUGCGUAUACUUCUUCCUCUCAGGUGGCUCCUGCAACACCAGCCACGCCCACAGAACCAGAGGACGAGACUCAGUGUGGGUUUGGUCCCUUUGAGCUGCCCCCACAGUGGUUACCAGAAACCAGGAACAGUAAGAAGAGACUGCUGCCUCCUCUGGGAAACACACCAGAGGAGCUGAUCCAGACCAAACUGCCCAGACCCAAAACAGAGCGAAGGAUCAGCCGCAACAACAAAGUCAGCACCAUACCAGCGGUGGAUCCCUGA